AUGAUGCCCUGCGCCUGAAGGAAGGGGUCAAGUCAGAAAUUUAAACAGCUAGCAAGCAAACAGCGUUUAACAUUCCUCGUAAACACUUCAACCACAGCGGAAUAAUUGAUAAUAGAUGUUUUCUGGUGUUGUAUGAAGCUACCGAACAAGUCCAGUGUGGAGUUUAUCUAACGGACUCGUCAGUUGUUGCCAUGACUUCACCGGUUUUCGUCAGUUAGCGUUGCUAAGCUAAGCUAAGCUAACUCGUUGCUAACGUGUGAUGACUUUCAGACUUGUGUUGUUGUUUUGUGUCCUGCAAUACAACAUGAAUAGUUGACUGUAUCAACAGAGAAUACAGAGUUUUAUAUAACACCAAUCUCCGUCGAAGUAAAGACCAUGACGCUCGCCCCGAAGGAGCUGUCCAACCUGCUGAGCAUCAUCUCGGAGGAGGCAUGCACCAACACCUUCGAGAGCCUCUCCACUCACUUCCACCACUACUUCGGUAAAGCGGAGCACUUCAGGGUGGGCUCCGUGCUGGUGAUGCUCCUGCAGCAGCCGGACCUGCUGCCCAGCUCCCCGCAGCGGCUCACCGCCCUCUACCUGCUCUGGGAGAUGUACCGGACCGAGCCGCUGGCUGCAAACCCCUUCGCUGCCGUGUUCGCUCACCUGCUGAACCCAGCACCUGCAGGGGAGGAGCAGGAGAAGGUGCUCUCAGGCUUCCUGCCUCCCAUCACCCAGCCAGAGAAGUUCUUCCUGUCCCAGCUGAUGCUGGCUCCGCCCAGGGAUCUCUUCAAGAAGACGCCCAGACAGGUGUCCUGCAUGGACGUCGGCAACAUGCCCCAGUCCAUAGACAUCAGUGGGCUGCAGCUAGCAUUAGCAGAGCGUCAGUCAGAGCUGCCCACUCAGAGUAAAGCCAGCUUCCCCAGCAUCCUGAACGACCCCGAUCCAGAUUCAUCAAACUCAGGAUUCGACAGCUCCGUGGCCAAUCAGAUCAUAGAGUCUCUGGUCACAGGGCCCCGCCCUCCACUGGAGAGUCACUUCCGCCCCGAGUUCAUCCGGCCGCCACCUCCUCUGCACGUGUGCGAAGACGAGCUGGCGUGGCUGAACCCCACCGAGCCGGAUCACAGCGUCCAAUGGGAUCGCUCCAUGUGUGUGAAGAACAGCACCGGCGUGGAGAUCAAACGCAUCAUGGCCAAGGCCUUCAAGAGCCCGCUGUCCGCCCAGCAGCAGUCACAGCUGCUGGCCGAGUUGGAGAAGGACCCAAAGCUGGUUUAUCACAUCGGUCUGUCCCCGGCGAAGCUGCCUGACCUGGUGGAGAACAACCCGCUGGUGGCCAUCGAGAUGCUGCUGAAGCUGAUGCAGAGCAGCCAGAUCACAGAGUAUUUCUCAGUGCUGGUUAACAUGGACAUGUCGCUUCACUCCAUGGAGGUCGUCAACAGGUUGACCACAGCUGUGGACUUACCACCAGAGUUCAUCCACCUCUACAUCUCCAACUGCAUCUCCACCUGUGAGCAAAUCAAAGACAAGUACAUGCAGAACCGUCUGGUCCGCCUGGUCUGCGUCUUCCUCCAGUCGCUGAUCCGAAACAAGAUCAUUAACGUUCAGGACCUCUUCAUCGAGGUUCAGGCCUUCUGCAUCGAGUUCAGCCGCAUUCGAGAAGCUGCCGGCCUGUUCCGCCUCCUCAAGACCCUGGACACCGGCGACAACCCUGCCGAGGCCAAACCUGCCAAAUAAUGAUCCUCACAGAGACAUUGCACAGACAGUAGAAGUGGCCUGAGUUACUAAAAUAAUGCCACCUUCAUCAAAAAUAUCAAAGGGACAUGGUUUGGUUCAACAUUCUUCAUGUCUUUGUACAUCACAGGAGCAGAAACUACAGCAGCCGGCUCAAAUGAGAGUUAAUAUUGUAAAUAUGUAGUGACGUUUUCUUCAGACUUUGAAAUCCAGUUCUGCCUCUGAACUCUGUCACCAUUUCCCCCUCUCUCUUUUCCAGAAGUUUAAAAAAAGGAUUAACUCAGUUCACCAUUUCAUUUUUUUUACCAGUGCUCUCUUUCCUUUGGAAAUCUUGCAAUUUUUCUCUAAUUAAACAAAUUGUUUAAUUGAA